GAAACCAAUGGAGGAGGAAGAAAAGUGGGCCGAUCUCGGAUGAGAGGUCGCUGCUGCAGGGAAGCUCAUUGAUUUGCACCGAGAAAGACGCGAUGGCGGCUGGGGCAGCGACGCGCCUCCUGGAAUGGAUCUUCGCCUUCUAUUUCCUCACUCACAUCCCCAUCACGCUGCUGGUCGAUUUGCAAUCGCUCCCCGGGGCAGGAUUUUACCCCCGCAGCGUAAGUCAACCGAGGACGGGUGGCUCAAGCUGCAAUCCCUUCCGUACUUUCUCAAACUUGGGGAAUGGAGCUUUUAUUACUAUUCCUGCAAGGCGGCGAGUGGGGUGAGGUUUGCUUCUAGGUAGAAAAAGCGAAGGAUCGCCCUUGUCUGCUGUGCUGUUUUUAAUAAUAAUAAUAAUAAUAAUAAUAAUAAUAAUAAUAAUAAUAAAUAAAUUAUUUAUUAUUUAUACCCCGCUCAUCUGGCUGGGUUUCCCCAGCCACUCUGGGCGGCUUCCAACAAAACACUAAAAUACAGUAACCUAUCAAACAUUAAAAGCUUCCCUAAACAGGGCUGCCUUUAGAUGUCUUCUAAAAAUUUGGUAGUUAUUUUUCUCUCUGACAUCUGGUGGGAGGGCAUUUCACAGGGCGGGUGCCACUACCAAGAAGGCCCUCUGCCUGGUUCCCUGUAACUUGGCUUCUCGCAGCGAGGGAACCGCCAGAAGGCCCUCGGUGCUGGACCUCAGUGGGGGUGGAGACGCUCCUUCAGGUAUACUGGACUGAGGUCGUUUAGGGCUUUAAAGGUCAGCACCAACACUUUGAAUUGUGCUCGGAAACGUACUGGGAGCCAGUGUAGGUCUUUCAAGACUGGUGUUAUGUGGUUUCGGCGGCCGCUCCCAGUCACCAGUCUAGCUGCCGCAUUCUGGAUUAGUUGUAGUUUUUCUUUCCAAGGUGCCUUUUAAGACGGCAGCUUCCGUCUUGCAACACAGUCCAAAGGGGCAAGAGCUGUACCUCAAUCGCAGAGCAUGUGGUCAGCAUGCAGAAGGCUUUUCUCCUUCCAGCCUGGAUAGCUCAGUUGGUUAGAGCGUGGGGCUAAUAAUAAUAAUAAUAAUUUAUUAUUUGUACCCCGCCCAUCUGGCUGGGUUUCCCCAGCCACUCUCGGCCGCUUCCAACAAAGAUUAAAAAUACAUUAAAAUGUCACACAUUAAAAACUUCCCUGAACAGGGCUGCAAGGUUGCAGGUUUGAUCCCUGUAUGGGACCGCUGCAUAUUCCAGUGUUGCUAAAUGAUCCUCAGUGUCCCUUCCCUCUCUGCGAUUCUAUAAUACAGGGCCUAUAAAACCAAGUGUUUGCUCUGCACCUGUAGCUUUUUGCCCUCGGGUCAAUGUGCCUGAAUUCUUGACUGCAGUGCUUGCUGAAAGAUCCUUGAGAUUAUGCCGUUAAUAUCUUGCUGUUAAGAUUAUUAUAGAGGGCGUUCUUCUGCAAAAAACGAAAAGCACACACGUUGGCUCCAUAUGCAGUAUACAUUUAAAGCAGUAUCAUGCCGCUUUGAAAAGCGGUGCCUUCCCCCAAAGAAUCCUGGGAGUUGUAGUUUGUUAAGGGUGCUGUUAGGGAGACCCCUUAUUCCCGCACACCGAGGUACAAUUCCUAGUUUCAUGAGAAGAGAGCUUUGACAAACCACUCUCUAAGAAUUAUAGCUCUGUGGGGAGAAUCAGGGGGUCUCCUAACAACUCUCAGCACCCUAAACGAACUGCAACUCCCAUGGUUCUUUUGGGAAGCCCUCCCUGUUCAGAGUGGAAUGAUGCUUCCUUAAAUGCAUAUUGCAGAAGGAUCUCGUCGCAGGGCCAAAAGUUGCCCCCCAGGUUACAAUAUAAUUCCUUGUGGUAUGACAUUGAAUUGUAGUCCCAGAUUAAACCACGGUUUCCCAGUCUCCAGUAAUGUGGGUAAUAUCUCCCUAUUGCAGAUUGGGCAGGUGGCUGAUCUGAUCCUGGUUUCAUAUCCUCUUUUGUAAUCCAAUAUUAAUAUUAAGUUCAAAUGUAACAGGAAACCAUGGUUUAACAAGCAGUAGGCAAGAAAAGAGGGUCUAAUAAACCGUGGCUUGCUAGAUCGCUGUGACCUGUGGAACUGUUCCCUCCUAUUCUUUUUGCUUAUAUUUAUCUUUGAAGAGCCAUUUGUACUGAUAGCAUAUUAACAGUGGUCAAAAUAAGUGACGGGAGAUUUUUAUGUUUAGCUGCAGCUAACAUUCCCUUUCCCCCCCUUUCUCUCCCUAAGCUGAAAGAAUUGACAACAUGGUACACGGUUUCAUUUAAGGACCCCAUGAUGCAGGACCCCCCUGCCUGGUUCAGGGCCUUCAUAGUCUGCGAAGCCUUCCUGCAGUUGCCUUUCUUCCCUAUUGCAGCCUAUGCCUUCUGGAAAGGUUGGUGUGCCAACUGGGGUGGGGUUCAGGGGGAGCACUUGUGAUUAGGAAUGUAGGAAGCUUGGUCCAUCUAGCCCAGUAUUGUCUGGGCUCGUCAAGGUUUCUGGCAGGGGGCAUUAGAACAGGGGAACGGUCUCCCUCAGGAAGCUGUGGACUCUCCUUCACUGGAGGUUUCUAAGCAGAGCUUGAAAGGCCAUCUGUCGUGGAUGCCGUAGUCGAGAUUCCUGCAUUGCAGGGGGUUGGACUAGAUGACCAUAGGGGUCCCUUCCUACUCUACGAUUCUAUGCUUCUGUGACUUGAUGGGCCUGAUCUCAACAGGGCUCUUUCUAAGGUUCUCAUGAACAUUAUGGCCAAUAGCUCAGCAGCUUUUGCUAAUGUUACCCAAAUAGUGUUUUGAUCUGCAUUUUAACAGAUAAUUUUAUAUACAGUGGAUGCUCAGGUUGUGAACAUGAUCUGUGCGGGAUGCACAUUCGCAACCCGCAGUGGUGCAUCUGCGCACAGCCGGGUUGUGAUCAUGCGCAAAGCGCGAUUUAGCGAUUCUGCGCAUCCGUGACCCCCAAAACCCGGAAGUAACCCGUUCCGGUACUUCCGGGUCUCGGCAGGUGCGUAACCUGAAAAAAUGCAACCUGAAGCAGCUGUAACCCGAGAUAUUACUGUAUAUAUAUGCCAGGGAUGUCCAACAGGUAGAUCGUGAUCUACUGGUUGAUUGCGGGGCAUCCCUGGUCGACCCUGGUAGACCGUGUGACCUUGAUUGAUCCCCCCCCCCAAAGCUCAACAAUUUUGGGUCUUCCCCCCCAAAAAAGCUCAACAACUUUGGUCAAUAGAAUGGGUAGACCACUGCCAGUUGUUUUUUUAGUGGGAGUAGAUCGCAGUAACACCAAAUAAAUCUUCAUAUAGACAUAAUAAUUGAAGGCUGUCAUCAUGCAGCCCCCGUGGGAGGACUUGUUGCUCCGCAUCGCAAUUUUGGAUUGCAUGCAGCUGCGGUAGAGGCAGGGAGCAGAAGAGAAGGCGGGGUUUAUACUGGUGGUUUCAAACAACAGCAGAAGUUUGAAUAAAGCAGGGGUGGAGGGACACAGAAGAACCGUAAGGCUAUGGGGGCACUGCUGGAAAGAGCUGUGAGGGGAUGGGGGCUUGGGUGAGAUGCAAAGGAGGGCGGGGCUGUCUUAAAUUGUUUUUAAAUGUUAUUUAUUUAUUUGGGUAUUUGUGGGUUGGGGGCUUGGUUAGGGGCUUGUUGGGCAGUGUCCAUUUUUUUAUUAGUUUGAAUACAUUAGUAUUGUUAAUUGUUUUAAUUAUUUUUAUUAUGUAUUUUGUAAUUUUAUUUUGUAACUUUGUGUUGUGAACUGCUCUGAAACCGAUGGGCAUAGGGCGGUAUACAAAUUUUAAUAAUAAUAAUAAUAAUAAUAAUAAUAUAGGGAGAGUUGUCGAGCAGGAUACGCAUGUGUAUGCAUGUGCGAUGUGAUCUGAAGAAUAUUUAAAUUCUGCUCUUAAAAAAAUCCAGGCAACUGCAAAUGGAUCCGAAUCCCAGCCAUCAUUUACGCGACGCACGUCAUGACCACGCUGCUCCCCAUCUUCAGCCACGUCCUGUUCAACGAUUUCUCGCGGUCCAAGCACCCUGCGCCCCAGACAUUGCAUGAACGCUUGACUCUCUGCGCCAUUUACAGCCCCUACUUCCUGAUUCCCUGCCUCAUUCUUCUCACGAUGCUUUUCAGCCCCCUGUAUAACCAGGUGGAUAAAAGGAAAAAGAAAUAAGCCGGCGAGGAUUCUUCCUAAAAGAGGGGGAAGGAGUCAGCCCUUGGAUUCGGAAGCUUGCAAACUGGGCCAAUAAAAUGUUUUUUAUUAUUA